CAGUUUUAAUAAUGUAGAGUCAUUCUUACAAGGGCUAUUGUUUUUUUUUGUAUGCGCUAGCGUGUAAGAUCCAAAUAAAAUGAGCAAAAUUGGUGUCGAAAAUCUUAAUGCUGCGAUCGCAGAAAUUCGUAAACAAGCCGAGGAGCGUCCACGUAAAUUCGUUCAGACUAUCGAACUUCAAGUAUCCUUGAAGGAUUAUGAUACACAACGAGACAAGCGUUUCGCUGGAACGAUUUGCUUGCCACACAUUCCUCGUGUUAACAUGAAGGUUUGUGUCCUUGGAGAUGCAGCUCAUUGUGAAGAAGCUGCUGCGAAUAACAUACCUUUCCUGGAUAUAGAGGCCUUAAAAAAGUUUAACAAAAAUCAAAAAUUGGUUAAAAAAAUGGCUCGCCAAUACGACGCUUUUUUGGCAUCCCAAUCAUUGAUGUCACAAAUUCCAAAAUUACUCGGUCCAGCACUUAACAGAGCGGGAAAAUUUCCAACAUUGUUGACACAUAGUGAGAAAUUGGUAGACAAGGUUAAUGAAGUCAAAUCGAGCAUUAAAUUUCAACUUAAAAAAGUAUUAUGUAUGGCUUUAGCUAUUGGUAAUCUCAAUAUGACAGAUCUUGAAAUUCGUCAAAAUUUAACCUUAGCUAUUAACUUCCUUGUCUCUUUAUUAAAAAAAAAUUGGAAUAAUGUCCAAACAUUACAUGUUAAGGCUUGUAUGGGACCAUCUCAACGAAUUUAUGGUUAAUUGUUUACUCUGUUUCGUAUGCUCACACCAGUUGAAUAACGUAAAAUUUUUUUACUAGUCUUGAAUUUUUUUCCGUUGUUGCUGGAAGACACCAUUGCUCAUUUAUAUGCUACAACUAGUAGAAAAAAAGCAUUAAAGUCAAUUACAAAAUAAAAUUAAAAAAA